AUGAGAACUUCAAUGCUUCUUAAUUUGAUAUUGUUGACUAUACUAUCUGUUGCUCCAUCGGGCGCAGAAGAAGAUGCAUCAUGUAUUUCACACGAAACUACAUAUGCAUUUUGUAUCAUUAAUAACACAACCGAUACAAGUACUACAAGUGAAACAAAUGAUACAAAUAGUACAACUCAAGCUGCUACUGCAGCUGAAUCAAUUCUAACAAUUGUUUCGAAAACGUUUACUGUGGAAGAUUUAUUAGACGUGUGUCAAGCACAUUUUUUGAAAGAUACUCUCGUAAAACCAGUUUGUCCAGAAGAUACCAUGACAAACCAGCCACCGUCUCCUGCUCAGCGCUUUGGUUUUGGAUUUCUUGCUGUACUCGUUAUAUCUGUUCUAUCACUUGGUGGUCUAUUAGUAUUUCCUUUUAUUUACCGAAUAGCUUUUCAAUAUAUACUUACAACAUUUACAGCGUUAGCUGUUGGAACACUCUUUGGCGAUACGAUGUUUCAUUUGAUUCCAUAUGCACUCGGUCUCCAUAGCCAUUCAGGAGCAUCCGGACAUGCUCAUGGUAGCACAGAGGGUUCAUCAAGUCUUGUUUCUAUUUAUCAAUGGAGAAUGCUCACUGCUGUGAUGGUUCUCUAUGCCUUCUUUUUACUGGAAGUGCUACUUCAUUGGAUAAGUCAUUUUCGCAAUGGUGGCAAUUCUGUUCAUUCACAUUCUCAUGCUCAUAGUCAUACAAUCCAAGUUAACGAGAAGACAAAAGGUGAUCAAAUGACGGAUCACACAACAGUAAAUAUUGAUGAAAAUUUAGCACAUGAUCAUCAUUCACAUAAUCAUGUUCAUCAUCAUAACUAUAAUGAACGAGAUCCCACAUUGGCAUGUGCUACUAAAAAUUGUGUUCAUCAUAGUCAUAUGCACCAAGAAUCAAAAGAAAAAAAUAAGUCCAGCGGUAAAAAAAUAGAACAAGACAUUGGCUCCAAAGUCACAAGAGUUACUGGUUGGAUGAUAAUUCUCGGUGACGGUAUUCACAAUUUUGCCGAUGGUUUAGCUAUGGGUGCUGCUUUCAGUGAAAGUCUUAUGUUAGGUCUUACAACAACUUUUGCAAUUGGUUGUCAUGAAUUACCUCAUGAAUUUGGAGAUUAUGCUGUAUUAAUUAAAUCGGGUUUUUCUCAUUGGCGAGCAUUAUUUUGGAAUUUUAUCUCGGCAACAACAGCUUUCGUUGGUUUCUUUGUUGGUGCAGCUGUAUCAACAAGCGAAAGUGUUCGCCAAUGGAUAUUUGCUGUGACGAUUGGCAUGUUUCUUUAUAUAGCAUUGGUCGAUCUUUUACCAACAUUAUUGACUGAUACGAAUUUUAAAUGCAGACGUUUCAUAUGUGUAAAUAUUGGCUUUUUAAUUGGCAUUGCAAUUAUGUUUUUAUUGGCAAUAUUCGAAGAUAAACUGAUUGAAUUAGGAUCAUAA